CACGGCCCAUUCUCCCUGAGACGGACGAGCCGGAGCCACCGACACCAUGUCGCUCAGCUGGUCGGCGAAAGACCACAAGCCCACGAACCCGGCCGCCGCCGCGGGCCACAAGCGGCCGCGCAGCGACUGCGGGAACAAGGUGACGGUGGUGCUCGGCGCGCAGUGGGGCGACGAGGGCAAGGGGAAGGUGGUGGACCUGCUGGCGACCGAGGCGGACGUGGUGUGCAGAUGCCAGGGCGGAAACAACGCAGGGCACACGGUGGUCGUGGACGGAAAAGAGUACGACUUCCACCUCCUCCCCAGUGGAAUCAUCAACCCCAAAAGCACGUCGCUCAUCGGGAACGGGGUGGUCAUUCAUCUGCCCGGCCUGUUCGAGGAGGGCGACAAAAACGAGAAGAAAGGCUUAAAAGGCUGGGAGAAGAGGCUCAUUGUCUCAGACAGAGCCCACCUCGUGUUUGAUUUCCACCAGGUUGUCGAUGGUUUACAGGAAACGGAGAGACAAGCGCAGGAAGGAAAGAACAUCGGAACCACCAAGAAGGGGAUCGGACCUGCGUAUUCCAGCAAAGCGUCCCGCACCGGCCUGCGCGUCUGCGACCUCCUGGGCGACUUCAAGGACUUUUCCACCAGAUUCAAAAACCUCAUCCACCAGUACCAGUCCAUGUACCCGACCUUGACCGUCGACACCGAGGACCAACUGAAGAAGCUGAAGGAAUUCGCCGAGAGGCUGCGGCCGAUGGUGAGAGACGGGGUCUAUUACAUGUACGAAGCGCUCCACGGACCCCCCAAGAAGAUCCUGGUUGAAGGGGCCAACGCCGCCCUGCUCGACAUCGACUUCGGCACCUAUCCCUUUGUGACGUCGUCCAACUGCACCGUGGGCGGCGCCUGCACCGGCCUCGGCAUCCCGCCGCUCAACAUCGGGGAGGUGUUCGGCGUAGCGAAGGCCUACACCACCAGAGUGGGGAUCGGAGCCUUCCCCACAGAGCAGCUCAACGCGACAGGAGAGCUGCUGCAGACGAGGGGUCACGAGGUGGGUGUCACCACAGGACGGAAGCGACGCUGUGGCUGGUUGGAUCUCGUCAUUGUCAGAUACGCUCAUAUGAUUAACGGCUUCACUGCCAUCGCUUUGACAAAACUCGACAUUCUGGACGUGCUGGAUGAAAUUAAAGUUGGAGUUGCCUACAAACUCAAUGGAAAAAGAAUUCCUCAUUUCCCAGCCAACAUGGACGUUUUGCACAAAGUGGAAGUUGAGUAUGAGACUUUCCCAGGUUGGAAAACCGACACAGCGGCAGCGAGGAAGUGGAACGACCUUCCAGCCAAGGCGCAGAAUUACAUCCGCUUUAUCGAGAACCAUGUUGGAGUUCCAAUCAAGUGGGUCGGGGUUGGAAAGUCCAGAGAGUGCAUGAUCCAGAUGUUCUAAAGGGACUCUUUCCUAAUGACAAAUGGACAAGGUGGCAUCUUUUAACUAAUUAAGUUAAUAAACAAAACUAAGUAACAUCUGUGUGGUGUUGGCAAUGAUCGUUAUGUGACUGUGUCAACAAUUUAACCGGCACAACUUCAAAAAAAAUAAAGCAAUAAAUCCAU